AUGCUUAUUAAAGAAUAUCGCGUCACCCUUCCUCUGACCGUAGAAGAGUAUCAAGUCGCCCAGCUGUUCUGUGUGGCUGAAGUCUCCAAGAAUGAAACAGGAGGCGGUGAAGGCAUUGAGGUGAUCAAAAAUGAACCAUUCAAGGAUUAUCCAUUGCUUGUGAAGAAUGAUCCUAAAACAGCGUCAAGUUCAAAAAGAGACGGCGAUAAAGCGUCAGGACCGGACUCCUGUAUGACCUGCGGUCCUUGUCUCGAGAAUGGUGGUAAAUAUUCAUCUGGGCAGUACACCUACAAGAUCUACCACUUGGCUUCGAAGGUGCCGGCCUUCAUACGUCUCCUUGCACCAAAGGGCUCCCUUGAAGUACACGAGGAAGCGUGGAACGCUUACCCCUACUGUCGUACUGUCUUGACGAAUCCCGGAUACAUGAAGGAGAAUUUCGUCAUUUGCAUAGAAUCUUUGCAUUUACCUGAUGUCGGGGACCAGAAUAAUGUUCACGAAUUGACUCCGGAGAAGCUGAAGAAUCGUGAGGUUGUUCAUAUAGAUAUCGCAAAUGAUCCGCUGUCAGCCUCCGAUUAUAAACCAGAAACUGAUCCGACGAAAUUCAAAUCGACCAAGACCGGCCGUGGACCUCUAGUGGGUCCGCUGUGGAAGAACGACGUGACCCCAGUCAUGACAUGCUACAAGCUCGUCACGGCAGAAUUCAAAUGGUUCGGACUUCAGAGCAAAGUCGAGAAUCUGAUCCAGAAAUCGGAACGGCGAUUGUUCACCAUUUUCCAUAGGCAAGUGUUCUGCUCUAUGGACGACUGGUACGGCAUGACAAUGGCGGAUAUUCGCGCCAUAGAAGAGAGGACCAAGGAGGAAUUGGAAAAGCUGCGUCGGGAGGGCGAGGUCCGCGGCAUGAGGGCCGAGAACGAGUAG